AUGAUUUUUGAGACUGAUUGUCCUCCAAUCCAUGACAACUCUGGCCAUGAAUUCACCAUCUGUGAGGAAAGGACCACAGAAAGGCCUAAAGAAGAAGAGACAGAUGAUCGUCAUCUGCGAACAGCAACGACAAGCAUAGAUCUGACAGAGAUCACAGAUUCUGGUGCUUCUGCUUCUGCUUCUACUACUUGUGCUUCUUGUUUGUGUGAUGAUUGUGCAAACUUCGCAGUGACAUUCAGGUUCAGAUAUAAUAAUGAUGAAACUGAGCUUUUAUGCAAGGUCGCCACGCACGAAAUACUCCAUCACAGAAAACUCCACCUGGUACUCAAUCUCAAUCACACCUUGCUGAGACUCGCCAGUAUCGAUGAUCUGACCCUGGAAGAAGUAGAAUAUUUAGAUGUUGAGCCUCUGCCAAAAUACACUCGCUUAGUAGAAGUUCCUUUCGAAAAGAAACGUGUGUAUCUCAAGUUGAGGCCCUUUGUUCAAACCUUUCUCAAGGAAGCCAGUGAGAUGUCCGAGAUGAAUGUCUACUCAAAUGCCCCUCUACCUCUUGUGCGACAAAUGAUUCGGCAACUCGAUCCAAGAAAAAACUACUUCGGUUCUAGGGUGUCUUCUAGAGACGAUUUUUGUAGCAGCCACCCAAAGGACAAGUGCCUCGAUGUUUUGCUUGCUCAGGAGUCUGCUAUUUUGAUCCUUGACAUGACAUAG